AUAAAGUAGAGCCCUCUGGCAGACACAGCAAAACAAAAGUGGAAAAAACAAUUUUGAGGUGAGAGAACUUGCGUAUCAGCUUGCUGUGAAAUAUAAGUACAAAUAUCCAAAGACAUGGGAUGAAUCUUUAAAGGCUGGAGCAGACUGGUUUUCAGCUUACAUGAAAAGAAACCCAACUUUGUCCAUUAGGAGCCCUGAGGCCACAAGCCUUGCACGGGCAUCCAGUUUUAACAAACACAAUGUGGCGAUGUUUUUCGGAAAACUUGAUGAAAUAAUAAGGUGACACAGCUUAACUGCCAAUGACAUUUGGAAUGUCGACGAAACAGGCAUCACUACUGUGCAAACUCCGGUCCAGGGAAGAACAUGACAAUAUAUGACAUACCAGGUCUUGUGAGAAUAGCAGCUCCAUCUGCAGCUACACCAAAGAAUAUUCAAGCUGGACUCCAGUGCAGUGGAAUUUGGCCGUACAAUCCAGACAUAUUCGAAGAGAAUGAGUUUACACCUUCACAAGUCACAGAUCGUCUUGAUCCAGCCAUCCACCAGGCCACUCCUCCAGCUGCCCACCUGACCACUCCUCCAGAUGCCCACCUGACCACUCCUCCAGAUGCCCACCUGACCACUCCUCCAGCUGCCCACCUGACCACUCCUCACAUUUUCCACCUGACCACUCCUCCAGCUGCCCACCUGACCACUCCUCACAUUUUCCACCUGACUGCUCCUUCACCUGCCUACCAGGCCACUUUUCCAGUUGCUCAUCUGACCACUCCUCCAGUUGCCCACAAGGCAACUCCUCAAGUUUUCCACAUGACUGCUCCUUCAGCUCCUGAAAUUUUCAACCAGUCCACACCUCCUGCUGCCCUUCUGGCCACUCCUCUAUUGCCUCAUCAAGCUUUAGCCCAGGUGAUGUGCGACCCUUACCAAAAGCUGUACCAAGAAAAAUCCCAGCAACAGGAAGAAAGAGGAGACAUACAGCAAUACUCACUGAUACACCUGUCAAGAUGGCCUUGGAAGAAGAGCAGAGAGCAAGAUCUGAAAAAGUGAAACGGAAAAUAAGCUUGCCCAAAAAGGGUAACAAGGGCAACAAACACAAUAAGUGAAUUAAAUGCCCUAGGCUGUCUAAGAUAACACUGGGAAAGAAAAAACAGAAAUUG